AGAACCAUCUUUCGACUUUGCCCUCUCUGCAAGCUAAAACAGCAACACCUGAAUCCUUCUGUCUCUGUGUGGAUCUUUCCUAUCCACGAGCUUUUCAACCAUGCCUACAGUGAGUGUAAAGUGGCAAAAAGAGUUCUUUCCAGCUGUGGAAAUUGACACUACCCAGUCCCCAUAUGUUUUUAAAUGCCAGUUGUUUGAUCUAACAGGAGUACCGCCGGAAAGGCAGAAGAUCAUGGUCAAAGGUGGUUUACUUAAGGAUGAUGCAGAUUGGUCAACAUUAGGAGUAAAAGAGGGUCAAAAAUUGAUGAUGAUGGGAACUGCAGAUGAGAUUGUUAAGGCCCCGGAGAAGGGCCCUGUUUUCAUGGAGGAUCUUCCUGAAGAAGAGCAAGUGGUAGCUGUGGGUCACAGUGCUGGUUUAUUUAAUCUGGGAAACACCUGCUACAUGAACUCUACAGUACAGUGCUUGCAUUCAGUUCCAGAGUUGAAGUCAGCUUUAAUCAAGUAUCCGCAUUCUGGAAGAAGCAAUGAUUUGGAUCAGCCUUCUCAUAUGUUGACUUGUGCAACACGUGAUUUAUUUAGUGAGCUUGAUAAAAAUGUCAAGCCUGUGGCGCCCAUGCAGUUUUGGAUGGUAUUGCGUAAAAAAUAUCCUCAAUUUGGCCAGCUGCAUAAUGGUGUCUUCAUGCAACAGGAUGCUGAGGAAUGUUGGACACAACUUUUAUACACUCUUUCUCAGUCACUUAGAUCACCUGGUUCCAGUGAAAAUCUCGAUACUGUGAAGGAACUUUUUGGUGUUGAACUUGUUAGCAGGAUGCAUUGCGAAGAAAGUGGUGAAGAGAGCUCAGAGACUGAAUCAGUUUAUUCACUUAAAUGCCACAUAUCACACGAGGUGAACCAUUUGCAUGAAGGACUAAAACACGGUCUGAAAUCAGAGUUGGAGAAGGCUUCUCCUUCUCUGGGGCGUAGUGCAAUUUAUGUGAAAGAGUCACGUAUCAAUGGCUUGCCAAGGUACUUGACCAUUCAGUUUGUUCGUUUUUUCUGGAAAAGGGAGUCGAAUCAGAAGGCAAAGAUUUUGCGGAAAGUGGACUAUCCACUAGAAUUGGAUGUUUAUGAUCUCUGUUCGGAUGAUCUUCGCAAAAAAUUGGAAGCCCCUCGACAAAUUCUAAGGGAUGAGGAAGGUAAAAAGCUUGGUUUGAAGAACUCUGCUUCGAAGGACAAUGAUGUCAAGAUGGCUGAUGCAGAGGGAUCGUCAAAUAGAAGCGGUGAAUCAUCUUUAGCUACAUCUGAUGAAGGCGUUCCAACCGACAAGGAAACACACUUGACUGGAAUUUAUGAUCUGGUUGCUGUGUUGACCCACAAGGGCAGGAGUGCUGAUUCAGGGCAUUAUGUUGCCUGGGUCAAGCAAGAAAGUGGAAAAUGGAUUGAGUUUGAUGAUGAUAAUCCAAUCCCACAGCGAGAGGAAGACAUCACUAAACUGUCUGGAGGAGGCGACUGGCAUAUGGCAUACAUUUGCAUGUACAAGGCCCGCACCAUCCCCAUGUAAUCUCUCUUAUCUCAUAAAUUUAGUUUGAAGUGUCUAUUGAUUUACAUCAUACAGGGAUCCUCAUGGUUGAUUAAGAAUUAUAAAAUGGGAUUAUAGAUUUUACAGAAUUGUAUUGUACUGUUGAAGUUGUCAAAUACGUGAGCUGAGACCUCCGUUUUAGGGUGUGCCAUAAAUUUAUGAAUUUUACUUUGUUA